GAACACGAAACUUGGUCGUCAGUUUGCACAAAUUUAAGUGCCCAACAAAUAUUGAAGCAUGGGCGCCGCCGUACUGCCUAUACUAUUCUUUACCUCUCUGUGGGCCGCCGUUGGCAUUGGCGGCUCGAUCAUUACGCCCCAUGGACCGCAAAGAAAGCUGAUUCAAUGUAUCCUAAUGCUAACCGCAGGCUGCUGUUGGCUCUUCUGGCUGUGCUGCUACAUGGCACAAAUGAAUCCACUCAUCGGACCGAGACUCAGUCGGCGUGCCAUACAGAUUAUAGCAGACUCCUGGGACAUGCCCAUCAAGGAGGGCUAACGAAAGGAGGAUCAUGUGGAGCGGGAGUAGCAUGAAUAAUCGUAUUAAAUCUCUAAUCUUUUUAUAUAUGUAUACAUUAAUUAUACUACAUUUGUUAACUUUGUGCAUUCCAGCGCAAAUUGUAGAGUAAAUAUAUAAAUAUAUUUAUA